GCGCACGAAAAAUAAAGCGACGCUUUCCGCGACACGUUUCCCCAAAGAAAAGCCUUUCGCUACCACUGGUCUUCACUGUCAUUCUAGUUGUAUUACUGCCAUUUGUAUCGUUGGUCCUUCUUUACUGCCUCAGAGCCCAGACCCGCCCCUUUGCUUAUUGACUAAUCUGAGCCACCUCUUCCGUUUGGCCACUCCAUUACCGUCUGAUACCAGCGAUCGCCAUUUGUCGCCCAUUUGAUCGUUACCGUUCCUAUCUACAUUUAAUAUCUAAUACGUCUCAUACCCACUCCACAACCUCUUCAUUUCUGACGCAACCAUGAAGAAAAUCUGGCAGAGAAAAGAGAAGCGCAAGAGUUUGUCUACCAACUAUCAGCAGAGCCCGCCGCCGUUGCCGCCGCCUGCCAUGCAGUCAUCGGCCCUCGAGCUGGAAAGCUCGUCGCUCUACACAAACAACCUCACGCGUGUGGCAUCCAACAUGUCUGGGGCCAUGACGUUCUACGAUAAAGACGCACGCGACGACGCGUCCGUACGCAUGCCGAAGUCUGUGCCUGUGCCCAGCGCCUCGCCGAAGUACGACAUCUCACAGUUGAUCACUAGUUCGUUCGACACCAAGCUUAUCAAGAAUGCGUGGGUCAACUUUAGCCCCAACGGGUCAUCCUCCGAGGAAGACUUGCGGUUAUACCGUGCGGAGCUCCGCGGCGCGAUCCUCAACUUGUACAAGGCGCCCAACAGCUUGAACGUGCGCCUGUUCAAGUUGGACGCGGCGAGCGUGGUGGACCAGAACAUGGCGUUGCUCACGUCGUUGAAGGGACGCCAUCCGUCGUUCUCGUCGGAUACUGGGUCUACGGCGUCUACCGCGCGCGAUGUGGCGACCAGUUCUGCGGCGUCCAGCUCUGCAGUAUCCAACUCAGCGGCAUCCAUUUCCACGCGUGACAGCGACGCGACCGCCGUCGCCCUCCCGCCCAACCCUGCGUACGGUGCCGCAAGUUUCGCGGCGUCCAUUACCAGUGACGAUGUGUCGAUCGCCGGCACAAUUCUCGAAACUGUAUCGCUCGAAGAAACCAAGAUCAUCUACGCGUCCACACAGGGACCACACCCGGAUCUCCAACUUGACAGCGAGGGGACGGUCGUGGGCGGCUCCGUCGAGAGCAUCGUGCACUACAUCCUUUUCGCAGGUGAUGAGGUGACUGAUAAGGUAAACCACCUCAUUUAUCUCACGCCGUUAUUUGCGCAGUUUGACCGGUUUUUAAAGUACUUUUGUUUAUACGGGCGGAUGGUUAGUGAGGCGAGCGAAGGGAGCUCUGUGAACGGAGCCACGGGCAACACAAGCCCCGCGGUCAAUGCGGACGCCGAAGUAGAUACGGAAGAAGAUCCGGAGGCGCUAGCCCUCGUAGACGCUCCAGCUAAAACCUCUGCGGCGUCGCGCAUGAUCUCCCGCCUCACCACCCUCGUCAAAAACCUCAACGACAACUUUUUCGGGCUCAUGCUCAACCCCGAGCACUUCAACAUGAUCCUCGAGCUCCUCGAGGUCAUCUCGGUCUUUGCCAACAUCGACGAGCUCAAAAAGGCGAUUGUCAUGCGCCAGCGGCUGCUCCACGCGCUCACCCUCGGCCCGUUGGGCGAGGAGGAAGAAACCGUCAACCCUCUCCUAGAACUCAAUUCCACGUUCUUUCUCAAGAUCGAUCUCUUCCAGUUCAUCGGGCAGAUUAACAUGAUCGACCUCAAGUUCAACACUACGUGGAAUCAGAAAAUCGACAAAUCACUCCUCAUCGCAACCAACCUCGCGCAGUACGACUACUUCAAGCGCAACCCCCUAAUCUUCAACAACAAUACGCACAUCCACUACCUCGCGCGGCUCCUUGUGCACCACCUUCUUGUGGAGAAGAAUACGCCAGACGUCAAGGCGCGCAUCCUCCAGAAGUGGAUUCAACUCGGGUGUCUCCUCGACAAGACAGGUAACAUGGUUUCGUGGCUCGGAAUUGCAACGGUUAUCCUCUCGCAGCCGGUGCUUCGCCUUCGCAAAGUGUGGGCGCAUGUCGAACCGCAGUACGUAAAGAUCCUUCGCCACGACUGGUCGCCAGUGGUGUUCGAGCUCGACCGCCACAUCUUGAACAACUUCAAGACGCUGUACCACGUGAUCGCGCCCAAGGGCCUCGGCAAGAACUACUCCAAGCGGCAUGUCAUUCCAUUCUUCGGUGAUCUCAUCAUCUACAACGAGCAGUUCGACGUGCGCAAGUACGACCGCAAUUUCAAGCGCAUCAAGUACUCCUUCAACCGCUGGGCCGACUUCCUUAAGAACAUGACCGACACCGAAGAGAGCAUUCAGUUGAACUUCAAUAUCCUCAAGAGCUACCUGGAGGCCAACAUUCUGUUAUUGAACCUGGACCUUGACAAGCUCCUCCACAUCGGCGAGGAGCCUGAGCGCCCGGCGACGCCGCCGGGCGUGGCCACCGAGACCGUCGACUCGCCCGCAACCGCUGUGUCGUCCGAGCCUGACACCACCGCGUUCGAUGAACUUGUGCGUGAGGAGACCGAGAAAAUGGCACAGAGUCCCAGCGACCCCGACCUUGCGCGCUCGCGUGAUUCCGGUACUCCCGAUGAGCACAUCCAGCGCCUCCUCUACAAACUUCUCGAGGUCAACUACGACCUGUACAACCUCGAACGUAUCAUGAAGUUGUCGCUCGUGGCCGAGCCGAGUCUCGCGGAGGAGUACAUCCGCACGGAGCGCCUCCCACCAAGCACGUCGUCCAAUCUGCUCGUGUUGCACACAAUCGAGACGGCAACGCCGGACGAGCGCCUCCCGUUGUUUAACAACAAGUACUUCCGCGUGGAACUCGGUGAGCACGACGGGCGCGGCAAUGAUCCUGACGCGCCGCCCCGGUCGAUCGUGGUCAACGACACGCUAACGUUUGGUGUAGACGAAGUGUUUGGCGAGUCAGAGGUCGAGGGAGAGUCAGAGCCCGACGAGGACGGAUCGAGCGCAGCUGUGGCUGCCGUAGUUUCAGAUGCAUCUGCGGCUUCGCAAGGUCUCGCCAGCUCGCAGAGCCUUGCUAGUCCACAUGCCACAACGUCCACGCUCGACCCGUCCUUGGGCGCGGAACUCGAUGCGACGCUCACUGGAACACGUGACGAUGUGGCCGAUGCAUCGUCAAACUAUGAUGCACUCUCAUUUAUCACGCACACCUCCUCCGUUCACACCCCCGAGGAGGCUGCAGCGCCGCGUAGUUACAAGCUCAUCCCCAAGUACGGGUCGCUCGACGCUCUCGUGGAUUUACUCGUGGUGGAUACCCGUAACUACGCGCAGGCGGACGUGACGCUUCAUGCCGAUGAGUUCCGCGAGGUGUUUCUUCUCAACUAUACGUCGUUCACAUCGACCAACACUCUCAUUGCACUCCUCACGCACCGGUUCGCGCGCGCGCGCGCGGCCGCGAGCCAUUUGGUGCGCGAGCCUCACCUCGCGUUCCCCGACUGGGAUGCGGAUGAGGAGGGGGACGAGGAGGCUGCGGUAGCGACGAAGGCUGCGGCGCUUGCGAUCCAGACCAACAUUCUCCGCGCGCUCACCGUCUUGGUGGACCGGUUCUACGACAAUUUUGUGGUUGACCUCAAUAACAAGGCGUUAAUGAUCGAGUUGUUGAAGCUCGUGAGCGAUGAGGUGGACCACUGGAAGGAGGCUGGCGUGGCAGACUUAGAGACACUUCUCGGGUUAAGCCGUCAACUCAAAAAGAACUUUAUCCGCAAGACAUACCGGCCGAGCGACAUUCCCAAGGUGGACGAGCUCCUCCUCCAGACGUUCCGAUUCAACAACAACCUUGUGGAGGUGCCAUUGAACCGCAACCUCCCGUCGUACAAGAACAUUGCCAAAAUUGAAAAGUUCUUGAACAAGUUCAACAACUUCAUCGCAUUCUUCUACGACAACAUCUCUCUCGCGGACUGGUUCGAGGUGUCGAAGAUCUUCGAGAUUGAGUUCCAGAAGAAUCACCUCCUCAGCUUCUCGCUCCAGAAGCAGUCGACCACCGAAGAGAACCUCAUUGUGUCUAACAUUUUCAACUAUUUCAGCUCCGUCCACGACCCGGCGAAAAAUGAGUUGUUGAUCCUGAAGUUCCCGCUCAUCUUCAAGAAGUUGUUCAAGUUGUACCUCAAGUUCAUGAACUACCUCUUGCUCCAGAUCACGGACCUCACCAUCACCGUGGACGAGCGCUUCCAGCGCAUGAAGACGAUUCUCAUCAUGACACGUGUGGCCAAGAUGAAGAUGCGCGAGUACAAGGUUUCGGUUCCCGGGGUUGGGCCGAUCCCGUCCUUCAUCGAGAGUGCGCUCACCAACACGAUCUACUCGCCAGAGAGCCGCUACUUUGCCAAUUUCUGGGUGCGCUCGGCCGACCUGCUCAAGCUGGGCAGUGGCGGGACGUUCGAUGACCUUGAGUCGAUGCUCCCGCACAUUGCGCCUGCGACGUUGCCCAACCUCGACGAGAAGUUCCUCCCGUGCUUUGGGUGGGUGUUGGAGAACCUCCUCGCCAUGAACCGUGUGUCCAACUUCGAUCCGUCGCGCAAGCUCAUUCACUUUGGCAAGCGUUACCUCACGUACAAGUUCCUCCAGAACUUUGUGGUGGAGCGUGCGGAGCCGACGGAGAUCACCCACGGUUUCAAUGACUUUGAGUUUCUCAUUCGCUUGAGUGACCAUCUCAUCAACAACAAGGCGUUGCGCGAUUUCAAUGCGUACGAGCGUGAAAAAGCGCAGAUCUUCCGCGCCGUCAUCGACGCGCAGUACAAGAUCCUCAAGGCCGACAACGGAAAGCGUGCGGUAAAGCAGGCCAAGGCUCCAGCGCCAACACAGACAAAGACCGCCGCCACCGUCAAGCGCCAGUCCAUGGCGUACAAGCUCAACUCGACCUCGCGCUUCAAGAUUUCCGGGCUCUUCAACAAGUCGCGGCCGUUCUCGCUCGUGCCCGCAUUUGCAUCGUCCAACACGCCCGAACGCGUCGUCUCCCCCCACGAAUUGCCUAACCCCCACGUGCACUUUGACGCCAAGGUCAAACCGGCCUUUACCAUCAACCUCCGCAGCAAGCGUAUCUUCCCAGUGUAUAUCCUGCCAUGCAGUUUCAAAAUCGACCUGGACACCCUGAAUGAAAAGUACUUUUUCCAGGCGCCGCUGGAGCAUGAGAUGCACGAAUGGUUGAAGAAACUUGACUACGCAAACCGCCACUGGUUCUUCUCACGCACGCUAAACUUCCGUGUGUCGCAGAACCUCAUCUUCGGGGUACCGCUCGAAAUUGUGUGUAACCGCGAGAACCUGACGGUGCCAAUCAUCUUGGAGAAGGUGUUUAACGAGAUCGAGUUCCUGGGCGUCAAGGAGUUGGGGAUCUACCGUAUCUCACCGAGUAUCAAUGAGUUGCAAUACCUCAGGAACGAGGUCGACCGUCUGGGCGACUACAACUUCCACUCCAACAAGAAGAUCGACGUGCACACUUUGACGGGCUGUGUCAAGUUGUAUCUCCGCGAGUUGCCGGAUGCUCUCAUCACCGAUGACGUGAUUGCGGACUUGUUUGCCUUCCGCAGUACCCGCUGCACCGACACGGCAGAAAAGGUGGCACACUACACGGAGAUUUUGACAAAAUUGCCGUUCCACAACUACAACUUCUUGAGGCGCUUGAUCGGGCACAUGAGCAAGAUCAGUGCUCACCAGGAAUUCAACAAGAUGGGGAGCUUGAACCUUUCUACGGUGAUUGGCCCGGCGAUUACCGAGCCAAGCAGCUCGGAGUUGGUGGCGAACAUCGGUUCGAUCAAUCCAAUUGUGGACGAGUUGAUUGGGCUUUAUGAGUAUAUCUUUUUGGGGAAUGAAAUACCGGAAUAAGGACCCAGAGUAGAGGUAUUGAAGGUGUUGCAGUUCGGAGAGAGAAAACUUCACUGUUCUGAUGGCAGGGGGGACGAAGCAAUGGUAUACCUCCUUCCACUUGUGGUGGCCGUAACCUGACCUUUUUGCUGACAAGGCUGUUGAAAUUUGUGCACAUACUAUUAUGGGUUUUUGGUACUAUGAUUGCACCUUCACCUAGUUUUCCUGGUUGACAAGUCUCUUGUGUUGUGCCUGAUCUCUUUGAUUUACCUGUUUCCUUCUCCUUUAAUUCUGUGCUAUACUCCCUUUUGUUGGCUCCUUUGUUAACACCGUCCUUUUCGUUUUUACCAUCCCCUGUCAUCCCCCUUUCUCUAUUAAAGUCCUAUUUCUGUAUACCUUUUUGUCUAGUUUAAUAUUUUUGUCUAUGUUCGGCGUAUACAUCAAACCGGAAUGUAAAAAC